CAUAUACAUCACGUUGUUGAUGUCGACAAAGAUGUGAGGAAGGCAAAAUAAGCGGUUAUUGGACUUACGGCCGUGUCAUCGUUGACGACAUCUUUGAGUUUAUUAAAUGACAAUCUUCUUCGUCUCAGCACUCAAUUCAGUAAGUAACUAUCGUUCUACUUGGUAUGCGACAGAAGUUUUUUUCUCCUCUUUACAGCUUAUUUAUCCUUUUGUCGCUGUCUCAAGCAGCAGAGCUGUAUGCGCUUUUGAUCGAUCGUAUGCAUUACGUCAAUGCUCGCGCUCAUGUUUUGCUAAUAAUUUCGCUUGAUCAACGCUGAGAGAGACUGUUAAGGCUGCGACUUUUAUUCAUUUGCGACCACAUUUUACAAUUCUUCAUGACAUUUUGAGUCUUUCUUUCUUGCACGAGUAUGCAAGGCACAAGCGUCUUUACAUUCCUGAUUCCACCAAUGCACAGAUUCAAAGGCAUAGUGUGACUCGAGCAGAAUUCAAGCAACAUCGUGGUGUGCGAAGUUGAGUAAUAUAUAGAGAUGUCGAAUGACCUUUUCAUGUUCAUUCAUUGUUACUGUUCCAUCACUGACAAAUUUCAAUCAAUAUGUAGUACAAUGAGCUCAUCAGCACUUGUGUAAAUCUUAAGCAAUCAGCAAUGAAAAAUAAAACACAGCAUUGUUGGCUAAUAAGUGGCUUUCAUAGCAUUUCUGAGUUAGUAUGACGUUAAUCACAUCCAAUGCUAAGUCAAGCCUGCACUUUCGCAACCGUAAUAUUGUGUCAAGAGUUGAUCAGAUGGCAGCCGUGGUAUCGCCAGUUAAAAACUUGGAACUGCAUUACACUUCUACUUGCGCCAAAUGUUCAUGCUGCUAUUCCUGUCUAGGCUUGGAUAUGGAACUGCAUAGGAAAGAAUUUAAAUCGAAAUGCAUUGACUUAGAACAGUCUACCAUCAGACUUUCAUAACUUAUUGUC